AUGCAGGUCAAUCCUGAAGUAGUGACUACCGGUUCCAAUUCUGCUCUGCCCAGAAACAAGCUACUGAUAGCCUUUAGCGCAGAUUUCUCUCGUAAAGAUGAGCUUCUAGCUAAAGUAUUUGGACAAGAAAUUUCGCACUCGUCGCGCAUUGUGCGAAAAUAUUGCUGGAGAACUAAGUAUUACUCUGUUCAGCUUGAUAUAUACAUAGAUGAGCUAGAGAACUUAAGCAAUUGGUGCGACGAGCUUAUGAGCCCGGAAUUCCAAGAUCUGAGGGAUGUUUUGGCUGGUAUAAUAGUGGUUGGGUCAAAAUUUGAUCCCGAUUCACACCGAGCACUCCAUCAGUUGUCCAAAUGUCUGGACGAAAGUAUGGAAUAUUUUGGCAUUUUGUUGACGAGCGAGGCUCGUCGAAGCGAUGAAGACGAAAUGGUGGGCAGUUUCGAGCUCAUCCAUUGCGAUGAAAAUGAGUCUAAUGAAUAUAACGAAAGCCUAGGAAUCGGACGUGUAAAAGAAGUUAUCGACACGCAUAAUUGGGACGCAGAUAUUAUGCAAAUGAAGCAAGCGAAGCAAGCGAAGCAGGCGUCAGCUGUAGAAGAAAUUGAUUGUAAGUUGCCCAGCCAAGGAUUCUCCCUGGAAGAAUUAAUGCACAAACUUGAAGAGGCGAGAACCAAUUACCAACAAAUGUCGUCCGGUCCAGAAGCGAGCCAAUUCGCAGAAGAUAUUUCGGAGCAGUUGAGUAGAUGCAUAUAA